GUGCUCUCAAAUACACAGUCACAACAGCAGGAGUGAUCUCACCUCCUCUCCUCCCCUUCUAUCUAUCGCUGCUGCCAGCCUCAAAAAAGAGCGUAUCCGUGAGCAGUACUGGUGUAUAGAGACGGUAAGGUAUAUACUGAGAAUUCACGGUGGAUUUCCCUGACCAGGACCACUACUGAGCGACAGAGCCGACCAUGGAAGAACUUACGGCAUUCGUGUCGAAAUCUUUCGAUCAGAAAACCAAGGAGAGCAGCAAAGAGAGUAUCACGUACAGGGAAGUUUUGGAGAGCGGUUUGUCAAGGGCGAGGGAGCUGGGCAGCCCGGAGACAAACCUGCAGGACAUAACGGAGGGCAACCACUGCCCGGUGCAUCUGUUCAAGGACCAUGUCGAGCUGGAAAAGGAGAAACUGAAGGACUUUAAUGUUUCGAGGGCGACAGAGGGGAUAUACGAGUGUAAGGAGAAGAAGGAGGACGUGAAGUCGGAGGACGAGGAUGCACAGGGAAAACUGAAGCAGCGGAGGAGUCGCACUAACUUCACCUUGGAGCAGCUCAACGAGCUGGAGCGGCUCUUCGACGAGACGCACUACCCGGACGCCUUCAUGAGAGAGGAGCUGAGCCAGCGGCUGGGACUGUCCGAGGCCAGAGUGCAGGUCUGGUUUCAGAACAGAAGAGCAAAAUGUCGAAAACAAGAAAACCAGAUGCACAAAGGUGUUAUUCUGGGCAGCGGCAGUCACCUCGACGCAUGCAGAGUAGCACCCUAUGUCAAUAUGGGUGCCCUCCGGAUGCCCUUCCAACAGGUCCAAGCCCAGCUUCAGUUGGAUGGGGUCGCCCACUCCCACCCCCACCUGCACCCUCACCUGGCUGCUCGCUCCUUACCUGAUGUUCCCACCCCCUCCGUUCGGACUACCAAUCGCAUCGCUCGCCGACUCGGCCUCUGCAGCAGCGGCAGUGGCGGCAGCUGCCAAAAGCAACAGCAAGAACUCGAGCAUCGCCGACCUGCGACUCAAGGCAGGACUUCUGCGGGGCCAGUGGCUCAGUCCACUCCAGGCACAGAUCACAUCCCAAGGACCGUACAAACACAUGUGGAUGUCUGUCUGAGGGCCAGGCCGGGGCCCGUCAGACCAGAAGACGUUAGAACAAAGCAAACUGGCAGGCAGCAGCAGGGCCAAAAGCAGAGCCUCGCUGAAGCUGGCUGCCGCCAUGUUGACAAUACAGAGGGUUGAGCAUGGGGGAAACAGACCCAAACACCACAUCACCGAGGCAUUGGAACGGCUCUCACCUUUACACCCCCCCCCCCCAUACCCACUCUCACUAGAAAAACGAAGAAAAAAGAAAACAUUAAAAAAGGCCAUAUUUGUCUCCAACCACUGUGUUCCCUGCUGCUGCCAAGUGCAUGAGCUCGAAUGGAGGACCGUUCUGGGACUGGCCUCCAUCCACACCUGACAUAUACGCUCGACAACUGUUUUUAACACUGCCAUUCUACAUGCAACAUACAUACAAAGUGAAAGGUCUCCAUUACGGUUUGAUAUCCUUCUUCUUUUGGACUUGUGCUAUAACAAAAGCAACAACUCAUUUUUCCUUUGCUGCAGAGGGGAGAGAUGUUAUUCUGUGUUGCUGGGUAUGCAUUGGCGAGACUUUGCAUUUCUCCUCACAGCGUGCUCUCUCUCUCUCUCUCUCUCCCUCUCUCUCUGUCUUUAUUUCUUUCUGUUUAUUGUGUUGUAUCCUGGGUAAAGAAGUGAUGAUAGCCUUUGCACUUCAGGUCUUGUAUGUGGGUGUUUACAAAUGGCACUACAAGCAGAUACUACUUUACUAAUUAAAGGGGGAGGGGGAUUUGAUAUUGUCAUGUAAUUGGCAAAAAGGACAUUAUCUUGGAUAAAGGGUAUAAAUGCGUAUUUUUCUUUUCUUUUUUUGUAAUUCUGAAAAUAUGAAGAAAGCAUCAGUCAAACUGAAAUGCAAUGGUGUGCAGUUUAAGUGCAAUACUGUAAAUAGCAAAAAAGUAAAAACAGCUAGCAGUUAACCCUCAACGAUAAAGAGACCCAAUGAAUUUUCUGUUGUUUUUCAUGCACUGUUGGAGUGUUGAAUUUCUUUGCCAAACACACCAGUUUUUCUACAGCAGUGUAUAUUUUAUUUAGUUCGAAAAAGGUCACUCAUUACCAGGUGCCAUAUCCCACGUAACCGCUUAUGCAUUCAAGCAGUUUUGUAUACAUCAGAUACAGCUGUCACUUGUUGAGGAAAACAUGAGCACAUUUUUGGAUGCUGCAGAAAUUAGGGUUGGGUUCUAAAUAAUAAAAAAAAAUCCCUUUGCUACUCUCCUAACAUUAGAGAAAUCCAUUUACUUUUGGAUAUUGGAAAAUGUUCAAAAUAAAACCAACACAAAUCAGCAUUGUAAUCCAAACCAAGCAGUUGUUUACAAUAUGAUUAGCUUAAUUCUGCAUGUUAUAUGUGACAUUUCAUCAUUAAUUUCCAAAUAAUUCAGACUGUAUUUUACAAAUUGUUCCAGACAAAACAGAGCAUUUGGAUUGUUUUGGAAUUCAAAGAUUAUUUUGCUAACCUUUUAAACACUGCUGUCAGAGCUGCGCUAAACAUGUAGAUCUGUUUAAGAUCUAUGUACCUCUAACAGUCUCCAAAAAACAUUUUCUCUGUUAACAGACCUCCAUUUAGAAUUGUUCUCUAUGUCUCCAUUUUAAAUUAAACAUAUUGGUGUUUUAUUUAUUAUUUUGUCUGAAAGUUUAUGAAAGAUGAAAUAGUUGAACUACAAGUGUACAUUUUUACAUGGCUUUGCAUUUAUUUUUGUAUGUUUUUUUUAAGUGUUAAAUUUGAAUUAGGAGGUGUGGCUGUAGUGCAUUGUUUGCCUAAAAAAAUGUAGUGUGUCCGAGUUUACAAACAUUUCAGGGAUGGUUGAAUUGAACAAUACUCCAUGGAAUUUGUUGUACCCAUUAAAACGAUUAUCAUUUCAUAUGCAAGCAUGCCUAAACAUGAAUCAUCGUACAGUUUGUUUUUCCCCUUUUGAUUCACAAAAUAUGAAUGUACAUCUUGUACAAGUAAACUAUCAAUAAAGUUAUAAAUAUUUGUACUCAUAAAUAUAAA